GCAGCGAGCAGCGCCUUCUGAGAGUCCCUUGCCUUUGCUGGAAAGGGAGCCAUGGCUGCUACUGUUGCAGCUUCUUGCAGGAAGCUUUGGAGGCCCAAGAGGGGUCUGCCCCUUCUCUGGAUCCUCCGAGGGGCUUCUGCCAGCAGCAUCGGAGACCCCAGGGCCCCCGGAGAGCAGCAGCCAAAGGCAGCAGCAGCUGGAGGAGAGGAAAGACUCACUCGCAUGUGGCAAAGGGAUGGCAUCAGGUGGGGGGCAGAGAAAGACCUGGCAGGAGGGCAAAGGGGCUCUCUCCCCAAUCUUGGCUUCCCUAAUAUCCUCAAAGGUGAAGGGCCUGUUUUCUCCUCCGGACAUGACUUAAAGGAACUGACUCACAAGGAAGGUGAGGACCACCACAUGGAAGUCUUUGAGACCUGUGCCCAGAUCAUGACUUUGCUUCCAAAGCUACCUGUGCCAGUGAUUGCUAAAGUAAAUGGCCUUGCCACUGCAGCUGGUUGCCAGCUUGUGGCCAGCUGUGAUAUUGCUGUGGCCAGUGAGAAAUCGAAGUUUGCCACUCCUGGAGUGAAUGUUGGGUUGUUCUGCUCGACUCCUGCAGUGGCUGUGGGGAGAUCGCUUCCUAGAAAGGUUGCACUAGAGAUGCUCUUGACAGGAGAACCCAUGACUGCCCAGGAUGCGCUUCUAUAUGGGCUCAUCAGUCGAGUGGUACCAGAGGACAAAUUGGAAGAUGAGACCUUGAGAAUUGCACACAGAAUCUGUGAGAGCAGUCGGACUGUCUUGGCCCUGGGGAAAGCCACCUUUUAUAAACAGAUUGAGCAGGACACUAAUACAGCCUACAGAAUGACCUCGCAGGUCAUGGUGGAUAAUCUUGCCAUGAAGGAUGGUCGGGAAGGGAUUGAGGCCUUCAUCUCUAAACGCAAGCCUAGCUGGUCACAUUCCUGAAGCUGAGUUUCCCAUCCUCUACCUUUAUAAGCCAUACCAAAUGAUGAUCUUGAUGGAUUCUCUGUCUGAAAAUCACAUGGACUGUGGACUUUCUUUGGAGUAAUUCCUCUUUCAUACAAUGGGUGCUUAGUGCUCCUCUUUUGCCUGCACAGAGUAUAGGUCUGCCAGAGUGAAAACUGGAGAGGGCUCCUAUCCCCUGAAUGGUUUUGUAGAAGAUGGAAUUUCAGCAAGUGUUGCUUUCAACCCAUUUGUGUGACAAGGAACACUUGCUAAAAUUCCUUCUUCUACAAGACCAUUCAAAGAACAGAAGUCCUCUCUAGUUUUCAUUCUAGCAACCUCACAUGCAAUGUUCAGGAAAACAUUGCCAAUUGUUGUUAUUGUUAUGUGCCUUCAAGUUGUUUCUGACUUACGGUGACCCUAAGGCGAUCCUAUCAUAGCAUUUUCUUGGCAAGUUUCUUCACAGGCAGUUUGCCAUUGCCAUCUGAGACUGAGAGAGUGUGAUUUGCCCAACGUCACAGUGGGUUUCUAUGGCCGAGCUGGGAUUCGAACUCUAGUCUCCCUGUGUCCUAGUCCAAUGCUUAGACUAUUACAGCAUGCUGGCCCCUAUGCAUUGCCUAUUAAGAUAUCACAAAAUAAAGCAGGUACUCAUGUUGGCUGAAUUUGAUUCUGUAUUAAUUGCUGAUUAAAUAUGAAUAUGUAAAGAAUGGCCUUUAUAACAAGCCA